AUAAUGCCAAUAUACGGAAUGUGAACAUUUAUAUCAGUAGAUUAAAUAAUAAUGGUUCGAAUAACGGUGGAAAUGGUUCGCGGAAAGGCAGAACACCAUGACCGGCUCCUGGCGCCGCUGGAGGAGAUUGCCCUCCACCAAGAGAACAUAGAGAAGAUAGAGUACAUCCAGGACUGGUGCCCCAAGCUUAAGAUCUUGCUCAUGCAGAACAACCUCAUCGCCAAGAUAGAAAACUUGAACAAACUCAAACACCUCAACUACCUCAACUUAGCUCUCAACAACAUAGAAAUCAUAGAAAAUCUGGAGAGAUGCGAAUCAUUAGAAAAACUUGACUUAACACUCAACUUCAUCGGCGAAAUUGUCAGUGUUGAAAGCCUUACAGGCUUAUAUAAUCUUCAGAACUUAUAUCUUACUGGAAAUCCCUGCACUGACUAUGAUAACUAUCGGGACUUCGUAAUCGGAACUCUACCUCAGCUUAGCUACCUUGACGGAGUUGAAAUAGAACGGUCAGACCGCAUUAAAGCCUUGCAAAAUCUACCAGUAAUAAGACAAGAUAUAUUGUUUGAACAAAACGAAUAUAGACACCGGCGUAGAAAGCAAAAAGCUCGACUAGAACACGAAAUAAAAGACAAAUGGGAAAAUGAGUACAAAGAUAUGGAUCCAGAAGAGAGAAAUAAGAAAUUUUACGCAGAAAAAUGUGAGCAUUCCCCUGAGGUCCGCUAUGAGAUGGAGCAUAUGCGGCAACUGAAGCUGAAAAGUUAUGAAACUGAAAAGAAACCGGAGGAAAAAAGGCAGUACAAAUUCUUUGCUCCCGACGGAAGGCCAUUCAACAUAAAUCAAGCUAAAAUACCGUUCGUAUUCUCCGAUUCUGACCCUGAAAAAUAUGUGUUAGAUUUAGCUGUGUACAAACACUUAGAUACCAGUUUAAUUGAGGUGGAUGUCCAGCCAAAUUAUGUCCGAGCAACGAUUAAAGGAAAGUUAUUUCAGCUCCAUCUACCGACAGAGGUGAGCACUACUAACUCAACGGCACAACGCUCGCAGAUAACUGGCCACCUCGUCGUAACUAUGCCACGAUUAAAUGUAGACAUAAAAACACAGAUGGCGCAGAAAAAGGCAGUUACAAAAAAGGCCAAAUUAUACACGGAGCAUCACGUAACCGACUGCCGCGAGAGUUCAGGUCAGUCGAAGAGAGAAUUUCUUGAAAUAGGCCCCUCUGAUAAGGUUCUAGAUCUGUCUAAAAUGACUUUACAAAAGAAAGCACCAGAUUAUAUCGAUCCGAGACUAAAACGGAAGCUAAAAGAUCCUUCACCAGAUUUCAUCGAUAAUCCAGAGGUUCCUGAUCUUAUCUAAUUUAGUUUAAUGCUUAAUUAUAUCGUUUCUGUAUUGUUAAAUUAUUUAGGAGAGUGCGUUUCCAGAGAUGUGCGAGAAUGUGUAGCAGUGUGGAUAUAUUUCUUAUAAGAAUAUAUCCUACUACUACCUCAGCGCAACUUUAGUGGACAAUAUUCUAUUGGUUCUUAACAAACACAUCCCUCGCACGCUACGCAUCCUCACAUAUCUCUGGUGGAAACGCAGCGUUUGGAUAGCUAAAACUAGUCGAACACAGGAAAAUAAGCCGAACCUAAUAUAGAAACCUCUCUCAGUAAUAAAACUCAUUACUUAUUAAUUGAAAAUACUUUAAUGUUCCAGCUUUCUGAGUUCGAUUGAUUUUACAAUUAAAAUAUACCGGUUUGCUCGUAGUUGUAUUUAUUAUUAAUAAAAAUAUUUAUUUUACUUA